AUGGAGGCUAUGGAGCAGAUGCCAACCUAUGCAAGAUUCAUAAAAGAGUUGCUCACAAAGAAAAGAAGAUUCUCAGAGGAGACAGUGGAGUUAGAGGCAGGUUGCAGUGCAAUAAUUCAGAAAUUUUUACCUCAGAUAACAAAUGAUCAAGGAAGCUUCACCAUUCCAGUAUCUAUAGGUGCAUUACCUAUGGGAAAGGCCUUGUUGGACCUGGGAGCAAGUAUCAACCUGAUGUCGUUAUCUAUGUUGAAAAGAAUUGGGGAGCUUGAGAUUAAACCUACAAGAAUGACUUUGCAAGUAGUAGAUAGAUCUAUGAAAUAUCUUUAUGGCGUAGCAAAGGAUGACUUGGUAAAGGUAGAUAAAUUUGUAUUCCCAAUUGAUUUUUUCAUCAUGGAUAUGGAAGAAGAUAUGGAAGUCCCUUUAAUUUUAGGAAGACCUUUCAUGAAAACUGCUAAGGUGAUAAUUAAUGUAGAUGAUAGGAAGCUCAAGGUGAGAUUUCAUGAUGAAGAAGUCAAUUUUAAUGUCUUUGAAGCUAUGCACCAUCCUAAAGAUAAACAACAAUGCUUUAGAAUGGAUGUAAUUGAUGAAUUAUGCAUGGUGGAAAGGACAUAA